UCUCUCUCUCUCUCUCUCUCCUCUUUUCUCUUAUUCUCUUUGCGUGAAUCACAAAGCCAUCUGGCCACAAAAGACUAGGCUGCGGCUUGAGAUCCCGAUCUGGAAAUUGAAGAGUUGGAGCAGUGUGACUUGGUAAGAUGCCUAUCUAAAAGUUGAUGAGAGAAAAUCUGGGACAAAUACUGUGAUGGUUUCGUUAUGGAAGAAGGCGCUGAUGAACUGGAAAGGUAAUGGAGAGCUUGGAAAGCGCAUUGAACAGAGGAGCUUCAAAAUCUUUCUCCUUCACACCAUUGGAGUAACCCUAGAUCUAAAAGGAGAAAACGCCAGGAUCACCUAACGAUCCAAAGGAAAUACUUUUUACUUCAUCAAACUUCAAACCACGACGACCCCGAAUUCAUGAACAAGAUGAAGAAAGCCUUCACCACCCCAACAUCCCUUGAUCGUGAACUUGAGCCAUCGCCGGUUAUGAAAGAGUCAGUGACAGCCGUGGAGAAGAUCGUCGGCUACAGCUUCAAGAACAAGAGGCUUCUAGAAGAAGCUCUCACCCACCCCUCCGUCCCUGGGUCCGCUUCGUAUCAACGCCUCGAGGUCCUCGGCGACAGCGUUCUGAACCACGCAGUCACCAACUACUUCUUUUGUAUGGCUGACCGCCGGAAGUUCAACCAAGACCAAAUCACUAAGCUACGCUCCGCUAACGCUGGCAACCUCAAGCUCGCCCGCGUCGCUGUUCGCCUUGGGCUUUAUCCCUACCUUCGCCGCUACAAUACACCUGUUCUUGAUGAUAAGGUUAAGGAGUUUAUCGAAGCAGUAAUUAAUGGAGAAGACGAGACGGGGCUUGUACAUAAGGUUCUUGCAGAUAUUGUUGAGUCCGUGGCAGCUGCUAUUUACGUUGACUUGAAAUUUGAUCUCGAUAAACUAUGGAUGAUAUUUAAGCCUCUUUUGGAGCCUAUAUAUACUCUUGAAGACUUGCGUGGUCGCCCCAUGGCAAUAUUGCAUGACUUUUGCCUGAAGAACGGGAGGCGCCUUGAGAUCAAGCUGAAGCCAAGAGAUGAGACUGAAAAUAUAAGUAUUGCUGGUGUCUAUGUUGAUGACGUGCUUGUUGGCUCGGGUUCUUCUAAGGGGAAUAGUAAUGCAAGGCAGAAUGCUGCUAAAGAGGCUGUACAUAAGUUGUCGCAAUCGAUGGUUGUAAACGAUGGGUCCUUCGAAGGUAUUCCAGCUGGAAACGACAGGUCAUUUCGUAUUGAAGAAGCGAUACAAAUGUUGCAUGUGCUUUGUGUCAAGAAGAGGUUGCUUAAACGUCCAGACUACAAAGAAGAGAACGUGUUAGGCCCUCCACAUGAGAGGAAAUAUUUAUACUCAGUUAAAGUGGUAACUUCAGAUGGUUCCUUGCAAUCUGUGAAGGGAGAUGAAAAGUCAAGAAAAAAAUGUGCAAUGAAUUCUGCAGCUUACAAGAUGUUCCUUGCUUUACAAGAAUAUGAUAAUAUGAUCAACACCAUAAAGUUUUAUAGAAUGACCAACAGAAAAGAAGCUGAUCGUAUGAUCAACACCAAAGAAGCUGAUUGCAAGAUCAAGACAAAGGAAUCUGAUUCCAUGUUGGGUAAUAUUGCCUCACUACUCUACACACUGGGGGCUAAGGCCUACAGGGUGAUAAUAAGUCUCUUGUAUUUUUGAGUGAACCUAGUUUGUUUCUGCUUAAGUCUGUUACUUACACUAGUUAUUGUCUCUGUUUUGGCGAAAUUAGUUGGUUCUUUUGCUAAGGGGAUAAGUAAUUUCUAUUAAGGGUAAUGCGAUGGAGGUAUCCUUCGAUUUACCUAUACAUGUAUAAAUUCCCAUAGCCAGACUUGGCAAGGCAUGAGUGAAGAAGAUAAUCUCAUUUUCUCUAUAAUUUCUAUAUAUAGUUUUCUCUUCCAAAAUCUUCCACACUUGCACCACUAUAUGUGCUUAAUUGUAUAUGUGGUAGGUUCCUCUACCUGCUACAUUUGAACCUGUAACACUUGGUUUGUGCUCGUAGGUUUUAGAUUGCUUGGAGUAAAAAUUGCAUAUACGUGUACAUGUUUGUUUUCUUUUUGGUAAAUUGUACCCAUCCUCAAUCACAUGGUCUAGCAUCCAUCACCAGAAAUGAAACAAUCGGGAUCAACCGUGGAGCAAAUCCUGGGCUACAAUUUCGAGAACAAGAGGCUUCUAGAAGAAGCUCUGACCCACUCCUCCUUUUAAAUCCCGGGUAUAAUAGUGACUCUCCCAAGAAUUAAUUGUUCCUUUCUUUUAAAUUUUUUUUCUUUUCUGUUUGCUUCUCUGUUUUGUAUGUGAAAGGAAUUUUUUUUUUUUUGGGGUUUGUGUUGGAACAGCUUAGUUAUUUCAGAAGGAUUAAAAUUUGUCUUUCCUUUAGCGAUAGCAGAAUUUGGUGAAAAAAAAUAGAAGGUUUAGAAUUGUGUGAAAAUUUGUUAUUUGUAUAUGAGGGUGAAUUUUAAAAACAGGGGAAGGUCUUUUUUUAGUUAUUAGUUUAAUCUUCCCUGUUUUUCUCGGUAAAUUUUCUUAAAAAGGAUUUGGAUUUUUUAUUAAAUGGUUUGAACUCCUAAAGGUUUAAAAAGAAAUGAAAAGCUUGAUUUGCUAAAUUUGUAAUAGAGUUUAGCAAUUUGGCCAUAGACUAUAGUACAACCUUCGAACUUUUGUUGUUGCUGAAUAAAUUUGUAGAGCCUCAGGGGUCUAUUGGAGCUUAUAGUUACUCUUGAAGAUUUGCAAAGUCAAUUGCGACCGGUGACAAAGUUGUUUGACCAGAAGCAUUGGAAGCAUGUUGAUAUCAAGCAUUGGAGAGAUAAGACCAAGAGCAUUACUAGUUGUAUGUGGAUGACCAAUUAAUUGUUACUUCGGGUUCUUCGCACAAAGGCUCCUAAAUCCAUCCCGAGCCUUUUCUUCCACCUCUCCUCUCCAAUCCUCGAUCAAACUUGAUGGGUCGUUUGAAGUUAUUGUUGGGAUGAAUGGGUUAUUUCAUAUUGAAGAAGCAAAACAGAAGUUGCAUGAGCUUUGUGACAAGAGGAAGUAGCCUAAACCAAUAUACAACAUUGAGAAAGAUGAAGGUCCUUCAUAUGAGAAGAGAUUUGUGUCCUCAGUUAAAAUUGCAACUAGAGAUGGUGUGCUAUGCAUGAAGGGAGAUGAAAAGUCAAGAAUAAAGGAUGCGGACAAUUCUGCAGCUUCCUUGAUGAUCCGGGGCUUUACAUGAAUCUGGUUAUAUAUGUAACAUCCCGGUCCAAAAUGAAUUUGUUGCUUCAGGUUC